AUGUCAGGAGGAUUGCAACCACGGAUUCGCCAUGUAUCCUCCAUUCAAGUCCGCAACUUUUCCCCGUUCCCCACAAGAGACACGGUUGCUUCAGCACUUACGCAACCCGCUGAACGAUCACAGUUCACUCUUCAUGGUCAUCUUUCAGAUGACUCUGACCUUACUUUGAAUAGAAGGCGAAGCAGGAAGAUAUCGUUGAGCUCGAUUAACUCUGCGCAUACCAUAAGGUCAGACAUCGGAGAUGCGACUGUGGCGAAUGGUUCACCAAGCGAAACAAGAGGCCGGAAAGGAAAGGGUGUAAAGGUCGGUUCCCCGGCAGGUCCAUCCUCAAUUCCAGCUACCCUUGAGCAGAUCUCACCCUCUCGGUCUGGCCGUACUUCUGGAUCGGCACCUACUAUCAGACCACGGCGUCCCCGCACAACAUCUAUCAUGUCUACCUCGUCCGCUGGCAAUGUAAUGGGUGCGCUUUAUCCGCCCGCCGUAAUUCCCUCCUCAGCGGCCUCAGGUUCUAAGUCGCUCUCCGCGAUGUUGCCGGACAACUCACAAGUUAGCCUCGAGAAGGUUAUAAAUUCCCGACUAGUGGAGACAUUCAUUACUGUUACUAUUCCACCGGCCAUCCCAGCUCUAGGUGCGGAACACACCCUCGCUGCGUCCAAUUCGCGUCCGUCGACUCCGCUUGCUUCUCCUUCUCCGAAAGACAAGGCCCGAGUUACCCCCAGGCAGGCGAAAGUACCGAACGGUGCUGGCACGAGAAAAGACCCGAAGUCUAUCCUGCCGAAUACGCGCAUGUUGGCCCACCCUGUGGUCAAACCCAACGGCAAAGCGUCUACCUCAUCACACAAAGUUUCGUCAUUAUCCAUAGAUUCGCAUUCCGGCUGUACUUCUCCUGCACCAUCCGCUUCCACCCCCAAUUACUUCUCUGAUAUCCACCGGCCCUCAACGAAUCCUGUUUUUCAAACAGAACAAUUCGCGGAGUGGACUAACUUAAGCGGGACGAAGCUUAAUAUCCAAAUGUGGGCUAAGUCUGCCAAGGUCUCCCCACGGAGUACAUUCGUGGAGGGCAAAGGCAAAGCGAAACAGCAAGACGAGCCAUUGACGAACUCGGAAUGGAAAAUCUUCCAUGAGUGGGAAAUUAAUCUCAACGAUCUACUUCCCCUUCCAUCGGAGGUCAAAGAUAACACUGAACUACUACCUCCAAAUACGCUCGUAUUCUUGCUCUCGCCCCCUGGUGACUAUUACUACAUCCCCCCUCCGGCGACACCACGCGAACGAUCAUCGUCUCCUUCCGCGGGUUACAAUUCCGAUCCUGAAUUUGAAGUUCGCCAAACUCAACAAAACAGUGCUGGCUCGCCGCCUCUGUCAGCUCAUCCGUCCGAAAGUACCGCCCCAUCUCGACGACGGCACCGCAAACAAACAGACGAUGCAUACGAAGACUUCGCGAAGACAUCGAAAUGGCAGGAUCUGUUCAAACUAGUCUCUCUCCAGUCUUGCAUCGUUGAUACGGAAGCGUCACUAAAUGAAAUUGUAUCAAACCUUGAGGCAUCGAUAGACUCGGACGUCCUCUCCAAACUGAAGCGCGAAGUGUCGGAGCGAGAAGCCUGGGUGGAUGAUCUAAGAUCCAGUUGCGGCUCGUUGAGAAGACAAUCCGACGAAUUACGAUAUCAACUUCGCGCACGGCAUAAAGUGCUAGAAGAUCGUCGCAAUAUCCUAAGUGCCGCGAAAGAACAGCUCAAGGACGAUAUCAUAUCGUACAGCGACGCUGCAAUGCAGGUCACAGAAGAGGAGCACCGUCUACAGUCUCUCCGGUCUCGGUUUGAACCUACUCGGACAUUCCUCAUAUCCACUCUGGGGUCAAUUUUCCCUAUCGAGCUUUCCUCUCCUCCCGAUCUUCUGUAUACGAUACUUGACGUGCCACUCCCUAUUCCUAUGGGAAACAACGACCCUGCCCCUCCGCUCUUCCUGCCCAACCAUAAGGAUAUCAACGAGGAUGUCGUGGCCACUUCCCUCGGAUAUGCAGCGCAGGUGGUGCAGCUGCUGGCUGCCUAUCUCGGUAAAGGUCUUGUUUAUCCCAUAACUUGUAUAGGCAGCAGGAGCUUGGUGCGCGACGGAAUUUCUGCUAUGGUAGGCCCGCGGAUGUUCCCUCUUUUUUCGAAAGGCGUCGAUACGUAUCGCUUUGAAUACGGGGUGUUUUUACUCAAUAAAAACAUCGAAAUGCUCAUGGUGGAUCGUGACCUACGCCCAGUCGAUAUGCGACAUACACUCCCGAAUCUGAAGAACUUGUUACUUACACUAACGUCGGGCGACGAAACACCACUUCGAUUCAGGAACAUCCAUCGGCCGCCUUCCUCAGUAAUAUCGAUAUCGAGUUUAGAGUCCCCUCCGCCCGAGUCUCCAUCUACUCCGGAUGGAGACGCUACAGUCGGGGGCACGACUCCAAAAGCUUCUACCCUCAUAGAACUGCCCGUCGAAAAUACUACGCCGCCUGCAAGUGGCGCGAGCACGCCGACGGUACCAGCGUCCCUGAACGGUACUGAGAAAAAGACUCGGUCAUCAUAUCUGAGCCUUGCACCCUUGUCGAGUUUCCUUAGGUUGCACCUACCAUCAACAAGUGUCAACAAGCCCACAGCGAAAGAAAUCUUUGAAUCCGGUGUCUCGACGCAGGAUGGCGACGGCCUUUCCGCGCAUCCGACCACAGAAGUGGCUGGGGAGCAGUCGGAUUCGAGUGAGGAUCGCGAGGACGUCGAAGCGGAUGAUACGCAGGAUGAAGAGGAUCGCAGGACUAUACGCGGAGCCCCUGUAGGUUUAGGCAUCGAAGUAAAUGGAGCAGAGAGUAAGGAGCCAGAGGGCUUAGGGAGGGGCAUCGUAGCGACUAGAGCAAGCGAGAAGAUGGAGAAAGUUGUUCCGACCACACCUUCAUCGACGACGCAACCUGCGCAGUCGGCUUAUUAUUGA